UCAGAUUCUCUGACUGACAGAAACCAAACACAAACUGAGAAAAGCAAAAUCUUGAGCAAAAUGAAGUUCUUUGGUUGUACACUAGCUUGUCUUUUGGUCCUGAAUGGCGCCUGCAAAGUUUCAGCCGGAGGCAUCCGCCCUGCCUUGUCCGUACAUGAUACUUCUUUGUAUCCACAAAUCUUCUCUGUUGUUACGUCUCGAGAUGUGGCAUCUACCUACGGAUCUUCCUGGGACAUUCAACAUGCCGGAAGCCGUCGUCUUCGCGAGGAAGAUGACAAUCUCGUUCAGCUUGGCGUCGUUGUCCACAACGAAAUCGAAGCCGCUCAUUUUGAACACCUUGAAACUUCGGGAGUGUUGAGCUACGAAGCCGUGGAGAACGAAGGCAACGCUCAACGUCUUCUCCAGGGCAUCAAUCAAGAAUUGAGUUGCUACCGUACCGUUCAAGAGACUUUUGAUGCCGUGGACGAGUUGGCUGCCCAGUAUUCGGACUUUGUCCGAGUGGAGACCAUUGGUGAAUCCUGGAGAAAGCAGAACGGGGACGGCGGAUUUGACAUCAAGAUCAUGGUUCUUUCCGCUCCUACUAGCGACCCUGCCGUGAACAAGGUGGACAUGAUGGUAGUCGCAGGUCACCACAGUCGAGAACUGCCCCCGCCGGAAGCAGUCAUGAAAUGGGCUACUCUUCUUUUGGAAGGCUUCGGGAAGGAUGCGGAUUUGACGUGGAUUCUGGAACGUACCAACAUCCACAUUGUUCCCAUUGCCAACCCCGAUGGACGCCAGAUUGUACAAGAGAAUCUUGACUGGAUGUACCGCAAGAAUGCUCAUCCUUUUGGCUGUGAGAAUGGAACGGCAUUGGAGGGUGUGGACCUCAACCGCCAAUAUCCCAUGAUGUGGGGCAAUGACACUGGUUCCAGCGGCGAUCCCUGUUCCACGGCCUUUCGUGGACCAGCCCCCUUGUCCGAACCGGAGUCGAAUGCGGUCUUUACCUAUGCCAGCCAACUCUUUGCCGAUGACAUGAAAAAAGGAUCCAUCGAAGAGGCAGAGGCAAAAGUGGAUGAAGCUUGCCCCGAAGACGCAACGGGUAUCUUUAUUGAUGUUCAUUCGUACGGAGAUUUCGUCUACUUUCCAUUUGGCUUUGAAGACCGGAUGGCACCCAAUCACCGUAGCCUUUUGACCAUGAGCAGCAAGUUGGCACAUCCCGGGAACUAUUCCCUUUGGGGUCCUGGCCAGGAUGGCUUUUUGUACUUUGUUUCCGGGGACGCCACGGAUGCAACCUACGGCAUCAAUUGUGUUGCCUCGUUUGGCUUUGAGAUUGGAUCCCAGUUCUAUGCGGACUGUUUUGAACUCGAGUCGAGCAUUGCCCCCAAGCUACACGAGUCUCUGCUCUACGCCGCCAAGUCGGCAAUUUCGCCGUACACCAUACCCUUGGGGCCCGAUGUGUUGACCAUUUCGGUGGACACCACUACUGCUAGUUCCGCCCAGCUCACAGUGGCUGUGAGUGAUGCCGCACUCAUUGUGGAUCAUGCCAAGUUUGAUGGCAAUCUCAGCCAGGCCAUUGCACAAGUUCGCGUCUUUGUUGAUGAGCAUCCGUAUGAUAAUGACGGUGUGGAAGGAUUGCUCAUGGACGCUCAGGAUGGAUCUUUUGAUGAGGAAGACGAAGUUGCCACCUACUCCUUGGAUACAUCGGAAUUGAUGGUUGGGCGGCAUGUCUUGUACUUUCAGGCGACCGACAGUGAAGGCUAUGCAGGUCCCGUGGCUGCCGUAUUCCUGGAUGUGGACGAUUAUGCUAGUAGCAAUGUCGGGUCUCCUUUAGGUGUAUCCAAAAUUGGACUAGGUGACGACUUUGCGGCUGAUGGGUUGGCUUUUGUACAGGCUUCGUCAUCUCCAUCGAUGAAUUGUGGUUUACUUAUGGUUUGUGCUACUGCCAUUGCGGGAGCCAUUGCCAGCCUCAUGGUGUAAAACGGAAUGAACCAGGUAGACGAUUUUGAAGAUGGCGAUAAGGUCUGGAGCGAUGUGGCAGUUUUGGUUGCAGUAGGGCCCGUCAGGUUGAGGAGAGUCGAGUCGUGAGAAGUACUACAUGUAACGAAUAUAACAAUGAAUGUAUCCGUU